GUGUGUCACCCACCACCCCGGGUGGUGUGUCCGCUGGCUGGAGCUGGUUUGGGCGGUGGUGUGUUGGGUCCAUCCUGUGCUGGGUGGGCUUUGAGGCUACUGAUGCACAGGGGGCCAGAGCCACCCACUCCCUAUCCCACGCUCCCCCCGCCUCCAGCUGUUCCAGCUGCCUGCACUUAGGACCUGGAGGAAGUGCCUGGCGCUGGUGGGGAAGGAUCAUGUGAUGGUGGCGUCCACGUCUCCCUUCAUCCCCCAUCCCGGGCCUGCCGAGCGCCCGGCGGGGAUGGGGCUGCGGGCUCUGGCCCUGCUGCUGGCGGCGGGGCUCCUGCACACGCAGGCCUCCCCCCCGGCACGCUCCUUCCAGCUGGAUUACGAGGAGGACUGCUUCCGUAAGGAUGGUGCCCCAUUCCGCUACAUCUCAGGCAGCAUCCACUACGCCCGCGUCCCGCGCCCCGCCUGGAGGGACCGGCUCCUCAAGAUGUACAUGAGCGGGCUCAGCGCCGUGCAGGUCUACAUCCCCUGGAACUACCACGAGCCGCUGCCGGGGGUGUAUGACUUUGCUGGGGACCGGGAUGUGGAAGCCUUCCUGGAUCUGACAGCCGAGCUGGGGCUUCUGGUGAUCCUGCGCCCGGGGCCCUACAUCUGCGCGGAGUGGGAGAUGGGUGGCCUGCCCGCCUGGCUGCUGUGGAAACCAGACAUCGUCCUGCGCUCCUCCGACCCUGCCUACCUGGCAGCCGUGGACUCCUGGCUCCACGUCCUGCUACCCAAGAUCAAGCCACGGCUGUACCAGAAUGGGGGGAACAUCAUCAGCGUGCAGGUGGAGAACGAGUACGGGAGCUACUACGCCUGCGACUACGGCUACCUGCGGCACCUGCUGGGCUCCUUCCGGGCGCUGCUGGGGACCGAGGUGCUGCUCUUUACCACUGAUGGCACGCGGGCGCAGGAGCUGCGUUGUGGCACGCUGCAGGGGCUCUAUGCCACUGUCGACUUCGGGCCAGGCUCCAACGUGACGGAGGCGUUUGGUGCUCAGCGCCAGGUGGAGCCGAAGGGGCCCCUGGUGAACUCCGAGUACUACACGGGCUGGCUGGACUACUGGGGGGAGGCUCACGCCAGCACCAGCUCGGCAUGGGUGGCCCGGGGGCUGGAGGACAUGCUGCAGCUGGGAGCCAGCGUCAACAUGUACAUGUUCCAUGGGGGAACGAACUUCGCCUACUGGAGCGGCGCUGACUUCAAGGACCAGUACAAACCAGUGACCACCAGCUACGACUAUGAUGCCCCCCUCUCGGAGGCGGGAGACCCCACUGAGAAGCUGUUUGCCAUCCGCACGAUCAUCAGCAAGUUCCAGCCCCUGCCAGUGGGUCCGAUGCCACCCGCCACCCCCAAGUACGCCUACGGCAGAGUGGCCCUGCAGAAGUAUGCUGACCUCCUGGAUGUCUUGGAUGUGCUGUGCCUCUCCGGGCCCAUCCAGAGCCAGUUCCCCCUCACCUUUGAGGCCAUAAAGCAGGCCCAUGGCUUUGUGGUGUACCGCACACGGCUGCCCCGGGAUGUCCUGGACCCAGCCACGCUAGGGGCUCCUCCCCACAGCGUCUGCGACCGUGGCUACGUGAUGCUGCGGCAGGAGUACCAGGGAACGCUGGAGCGGGAUGGUCAGACAACGCUGCGUGUGACGGGCAGGGCAGGGGACACUCUGGACGUGCUCCUGGAGAACAUGGGCAGGAUCAGCUUUGGGGCCAACAUCAGUGACUUCAAGGGCUUGCUGGGGAACCUCUCCUUGGACUCCAGUCCUCUCAGCAACUGGCUCAUCUACCCCCUGGCCAUAGACACUGCCAUCCAGCAGGGCUGGCCCCACGCUGCCCUCCCAAAAUCAAGCAGGGGGAGCAGAGCAGGGCCAGCCUUCUACACUGGGACCUUUGAGACCCCUGGCAUCACCUGGGACACCUUCGUGAAGUUCCCAGGUUGGAGCAAGGGCCAGCUGUGGAUAAACGGCUUCAACCUGGGCCGGUACUGGCCCCAUCGCGGGCCCCAGCAGACCCUCUUUGUGCCUGGCUCAGUGCUGCACGUUGACCGUCCCAACAACAUCACAGUGCUGGAGCUGGAGGGGGCACCCCCUGCCCCCUUGCUGCUCUUCCUCGACCGACCCCUUUUCAACAGGACCCUCAUUGGCAGCACCAUGGCCACAGAAUAA